AUGAAAGAAGAACAAAUGACGACAAGGCGCCCUCAGCAGAGAUGCAAUCCCCGGACCUUGCCAUGGCCGCCUGGACGCGCGCGCCGAACUCCUUUUGGUAACUCGACGGACUCGACACCCGCCCCGUUCCGUGGUCUCCGAUAUGCGCAUGACGACGACCUCGUGCCGCAACUGGAUGUUCUCCGCCGUCGCCUCAAUGAUCAGCUACUCAAGCAUCCCUUGGGCCAUAGGCCCAUGCCGGCGACCCACGACUUUGCCCUUAUCGGAUACAAUGUCGUACGACACUCAGUCACUCUUAUCUGUCUAGUACGUCCGGCCUACAUGUCACACAUCUUGAACACGAUUUAG